AUGAUGUUAAAUAAUGGAUGUUGUAAAUGGCCGCCGUUAAAAUGUCAAGGAAAAAUGUAUGGAUACCUGCAGAGUGCACAUAUAAUACGGUUACCAGGGCGGAGAACCAGCGCUGCCACGGAAUAUACUGAGGAGAAAUUCGAGUUAUUUAAUGUUUAUUACCAUUUGGAACCGAAAGAAAAUGCCAAGUCUAGUGCUGGAACUAAAUCAGUCGGACCAGUCGGUAUCUAUAUGGAAGUGCGCAGUGGGCUUUAA